AUGUGGCUUCUGAAGCAGUCAUUCUACAAAGUUUUCUGCGGAGGCGAGGACCUGAACGAAGUCCGGGGAACCAUGGACAAACUCAGAAAGCGCGGUGUGCAGAGUGUUCUGGAUUAUGCUGUCGAAGCCUCUCCGGAUGAUGUAGCGGCGAUGUCCGCAGAGACGUUCGAAGAGAAUCUCCGCUUGACGUGGGACGCGGUGAAAGCCGUAUCUGACGAGCGCGACGGCCUUGUUGCUGUUAAGGUCACUGCUCUCGGACCCACCAGUACCAUGGAGCGGGCUGGUAUCGUGACUGCGGCGGUGGAGAGACUCUUUGCCGAACUGUGUGGCGUGCCAGUAUCAGCUGGUCACCGGCGCACACUACCCGAUUUGCUCAUCUCCAAGGAGUUGACGAAAGAGACAUUCGUGAAGGGCAUCCAGCAGCUGCAAACUGAGAAAAGUAUGCCAGUUGCUCCGGAGGGCGAGUUGAACCGCAUCUUCAAUCGUCUUCUGGAGCAACCUGGUGGUGGUGACGAUAAAACGAAAGUUUCUUUCUAUCAGUGGUGUCAUCUUCUCCAACCACAUAUGGUGGGAAGAGCAGAUCUGUCUGUCUUCAAGGAGCUGAUACCGCCUUUGUCUGACGAGGAUGUGAAGGAAGUCGAAGCGACCGAGGAAAGGUUGUUCCGGCUUUGUGAGAUGACGGAGAAGGUUGAGACAAAGCCGUCUCUUCUUGUUGACGCUGAGCAUUCGCCGCUCCAAGGAUUUAUUCGCGCUGUCACGAUCAACGCUCAAAAAAAGUUCAACAAGAACGGCAAGAGUCUUGUGUACAACACUUACCAAGCCUACCUCAAAGAGACAAAAAGCCAACUGACAUCGGAUUUGGAGAUGGCCCGUCGGUUCGGGGUGACUUUUGCGCUCAAGCUUGUCCGUGGAGCGUACAUGUCGUUCGAGCGAAGAACAGCAGAGGAGAACGGCUAUCCUAGUCCCGUACAUGACUGUCUGGAAGACACCCACAACUCCUACGACGCGUGUGUCCGGCUUCUUCUCAGCAACAUUGACAGGGUGGCUCUCUUUAUGGGAAGUCACAAUGCAGAAUCUCUUCAGAAGGCGACGGCGUUGCUGUAUGAGAUAUGUGAAGAGCGUAACAGUGGUGUGGGCAAGGACGGAAAACCCGGUGCGGGUGCGUCAACGGAUCUGCUGACGCCGGCGAGCUUGCCUGUAUCCUUUGGGCAGCUCCUUGGAAUGGGAGACCAUUUGACAUUCACGUUGAGUGACUCUGGUUUCCGGGUGUACAAAUAUGUACCGUAUGGUCCGGUAGAUGUCACAAUUCCUUACCUUCUUCGACGCGCGCAGGAAAAUGCUGGGAUGAUGGGGGGAGCUGGUCGCGAAUUGUUUUUCGUAGCAGAAGAAGUGAAGAAUCGCGUGAAGGGCUGGUUGGGCCGGAAGGAACAAACCUCCGAUAGUGGGCAAUACGCAACUCGGCGCUAG